ACAUCAUGAGGUGUUCAUGUUUUUAAAAAGGGUUAACGUUAACUAUCUAACACAAACGGCUUCGGUGCAAUACACCCAUAUUUUGGUGUCUUGAAUAUGUGUUUUAACGUUAACUCUAACGUUAUUCUAACUUAGCUAACGAUUAGCGUUAGCUAGCUAGUCACUAUGAGGGCCAACAAAACGCACAAGUCAUACUAGAGAAUCAUAACGUUACUGUAAAUUAUAGGCUAUCUAACGUUCAGCUAGCAGCAGAACUGUUUACUGGCUAACAGUUUAAGUUUAAGCUAGCUAACGUUUGUUAUUUCGAAGUGAAUUGAUACCAUAGAAAUAUCAGGGCAACGGGAACUCCAAGGCAUUAUCUGGGAUUUAAUGUCAACUCUUAGCAAGUUGGGUGUAACUUCUGGUUGUAUUUCUAGAUCCAGAAAUCUUCUUCUGGGUGGUUCGGCGGUUCAAAAGUGCAUCGCUGAUCGGAGCAAAGUCUUGCUCUCAAUAACGUCCGCGAGCCACUUCUCUCUGAACCUGGUCCUGCCCGGUGUGUGCACUAGCCUGUUGGACUCCACUAUGAAGUGCACCUCAACGGGCAGAGUUUGUGGUUUGACUUUAGAUAUGUCCACGACGAAGUAGACGCUAGCUGUCCCCUGAAUCGGCUUCCGCGACGUCGGGGUACUGAAGCGGGCCUGGUAGUGAUAAAAGGUAUGAUGCUCCUCCUCGGUUGUGUAGAGGAAGUCCAGACUGUAAAGCCAGCCGGGCUGUAUCUCCCAGGUUUGAAUAUACUCCCCGAUCUGCUUUUCCCCCACUUCGACUGUAAAGUCUUGUCCGGCAACCCAGUUAUUAUUCCUCAUCUCACUGUCAGGAGAGUCAUCCAGCUGCUCCUUCGUGACAGCGUGGUGGUGUCUCUCCAGCAAUUUUUUCACAAGCUGAGCUGACUCUGGCCUGAAAUUCAGAUUGAAUGAAUCUCGGUCCUCUUCCAUCUUGUCUUUGUAACAACAACAGCACACAGGUCGCCUGGGAACUGGAUGGUUGCUAGCUAAGUUUUUAGCAUGUGAAAGCUGUUAUCUGUUUUUGUUGCUGUUAACAGUUUCCAUGGCUACCAGGAUAGGAAACAUUAGAACAAGCAGCAACAAUUGCUAAUUUCCUUCCAAAAUGGAAUUUCUACCAAAACCUGCUAAUAGCAGGUAGCCUGCCAGAAUGCUGCAUCGUUUAACACCGUCAUGAAGCAUCAUCCGAUUGCCUGAUUAACUUCAAGUUCUCCAAUGCUGUUCUGAGUGAGCCAGAAAACGCAUGUCGCGAAUCAGGACCACACUUGAUAGUGUCACCAAGGCAGUAGGCAGCACAGACCUCAUCUCCAAGUUCUCCCGCUUCAAGCCUGGCAAUGCCACGGUUGACAGCACCCAUGCAGAAAAGGCUCUGGUCACAGCCGAGACCUUAACCUCUAACAACGCAGCUACAGCCUCACCACCUAAAGCCACCAUGAAAGAAGAAGAAGAAGUGGAAGAAGAAGUGGAAGAAGGCGAGAAGAACACAGCCAAGGAAGAGUCCAACAUGCAACAGCAGCAAGAAAAUCCUUUUGUUGCCACAAAGAAAUCCACAUCAAGUUUAGCUCCAGCAGCGAAUGUAUCUGCAUCUAGCUCUUCCUCGACUUUGGCCAAACAAACUAUACAGCUGUUUCACCCAGCAUCUCUGUCCACCAACAUGGAUGAGACCUACAAAACUCUGGCUCAGCACAUCAAUAGUUACUUUGGCACCAGCACACAAGAAGAAGAAGGAGACAACAGGCCACUGCAGCAGCAGCAGCAGCAGCACCACAGAGAAGCUGAUGAUCCUGUUUCUCAGCCCACUCUCAGCACCGUUGCUCGCACAACUAGGGACCACAUUCCUAUGUUGUCCUCAGUGGCAGAGGCUAAAAGUAUUGAAGCACCCGCUACCUCUCCUCCCCCUCCCUCUCCAUCAGAUAAGCUCAGUCCUCCAGCAGCGUCGCCCUCCUCUGACAUCCCUGCAACUGAAAGUGCAGCUCAGUCCAUCCCUGUGCCUGCUACCUCCCCUAAGAAAGGCUUCACCCACUACUUUUCUUACCCUCGGCCCAGUGUUCAGGCGUUUGUCGGCAGCUACAUUGCACCCCUGGUCCCCAAAUUCAGAGGUGAUUCCAAAAGCAUUGCACCUGAAAAAAGCAAGUCUUCAGCAGUAGCAGUGGAAGAGCCCACUGUUGACAAGGCAGGACAGAAGACAGACAGUGAAGAGGAGAAAAAGGAUGAAGUGAACCAACAGCUGUUGACUCAAAGAGAGAAGAUAAUAGCCAGGGUGAGUUUAGACAACAGGACCAGAGCCCUGGUGAAAGGCCUGCAGAGAGUCACUGAUGUCAAGAUCCUCACCAGUCGAGUGGAGGAGCUCAUCCAUCACCUUCUGGAGUUCCCCGAGACGCGAGGUGUAGCUGUCAAGGAGAGUGUGCUGCCCUGUCUGCUGCGAUUGCGCCAGGCCAGAGACCUGCCUCUUCAGGGUGCUGUGAGAGAAGCUCUGGCCCUGAUUGGCUAUACUGAACCAGUCAAAGGCAGAGGAAUUCGGGUCCUGGCCAUAGACGGAGGCGGAACAAGGGGACUGCUGGCCCUGCAGACGCUCCAUAAGCUGCAGAACCUGACUGGUAAACGAGUCCACCAGCUGUUUGACUACAUCUGUGGAGUCAGUACAGGUGCUAUUUUGGCCUUCAUGUUGGGAAUUUUUCAGAUCCCCUUAGAUGAAUGCGAGGAGAUGUACAGGAAGCUGGGUUCGGAUGUCUUCAAACAGAAUGUCAUUGUUGGAACUGUAAAGAUGGGCUGGAGCCAUGCUUUCUAUGAUAGUGAAAUAUGGGAAAACAUACUAAAGGAACGUAUGGGGGAGGGGCGUAUGAUUGAGAGUGCUAGGGACCCACACUGCCCCAAAGUGUCAGCAGUGAGCACCAUUGUGAACAGGGGAUUACCUCUGAAGGCCUACGCGUUCAGGAACUACCGACUCAUGCCAGGAGUGAGAUCCCACUACCUUGGAGACUGCAACCACAAAAUGUGGCAGGCUAUCAGGGCCUCGUCUGCCGCCCCAGGCUACUUCCAGGAAUUUGUCCUGGGAAAAGACCUCCAUCAGGAUGGGGGACUCCUGAUCAACAACCCCACAGCGUUGGCCAUCCAUGAGUGUAAGUGUUUGUGGCCUAACACACCCCUGCAGUGUGUGUUGUCUCUGGGCACCGGGCGGUACGAGGCAGCGGGCAAGAACAGCACGACCUACACGAGCCUGAAGACCAAGCUCACCCACGUCAUCAGCAGUGCCACAGAUACCGAGGAGGUGCACACCAUGCUGGAUGCACUCCUGCCCCCUGACACGUACUUCCGCUUCAACCCCUACAUGAGCGAGGACAUCCCGUUGAACGAGAGCCGCGCCGAGAAGCUGAACUUCCUCAAGGGCGAGGGGGAGCGCUACCUGGAGCGCAACGAGGCCAAGCUGAGGAAGGUGGCGAGCGUGCUCAGCCAGGAGAAGAGCGCCAUCCAGAGACUGGCAGAGUGGGCCAAGCUCAAGGCCGAAAUGUACGAGGGUCUCCCCUUCGUCUCCAAGCUGUAGUUAUUGGUUUGGCAACAGUGUGACCACAAGUGAGUUUUUAAGGUAAGAAGACCCAAUAGAUUAGGGUGCAAUCUGGACACAUUUGUUAAGCAUUUUGGUAGGCAAUUUAAUCAAAUACCAAAUGAUUUUUUUUUUUUCUCACAUUUUGAUCACCAUUUACCACAACACUAGACAAUUACAUCUAUGAUUAUGCAUUAAAAAAAAGACAAUACAGUAAAUAAUAGUGUGAAAAUUUCAAAUAUGAUGUAAUUUGUUCUUUGUGAGACAGAAUGUGUCUAUGAUGAAGCCGGAAUAAUAUAUGAAUAUGAUUGAUGAAAUGAAUUACUUGAAUGAUCGGGGAAAGGCUGGCUAAAAGUGCUAGUUGACAGAACGCACAAAGAUGGUAAUGGGGCACUGACACAUGACCAUAAUAUAAAGAAUUAAUGGUAAUAUGAUAACUGCAGUUAUUUUGUAAAACAACUGAUAUUUAUUUGCAUUUUCAGUAACUUGAAGACAAGAUGUAUUUAACACAUGUAUGUUGCAAAAUGAAAACAUAAACACGACUGCCUAUUUCUAACACUGUACAGAAGAAGGAACUAAUGCACUUUGUAAAAUAGAGCUCUUAACCAUGAAAAUGUAAAUAAUAUUUGAAAUAAUUAUAAAUGAUUUGAGUGCUCUUGCUAGAAUUUAAGAAUAAGGCAAAAGAUACUGCUGAUUCUUAAUUUCACUGUGCUGUAUAUGCACUUCCAGACACUUAAAUAUCUGUUCCGAUACUAAUGGUAAAGUUUUAGAAUGCAAUGACCGUUUUCCUCUUGGUACAAAGCAUGUUCUCCAUUGUGGCCCAUUACUCAGUAUGAAGCUUUUGUCUGAAUUCCUCAGCCCUGGCUGAUAAUAAAUCAUAAAUUUGACACACUUUUUACAUUGUGAGAAUCCAUAUUGCCCUGAUUCCUCCCUUCAUUAGUUGGUGGAAUGCGAAAAGAAAAAUAAAUGUCAUGAAAAAAUAAAAUGUACAUUUUAAAAACCGUGA